GCUGUGUCUAAUUAAAUAACCUGCUAAAAUGGAAAAUGCCGUCUGUUCGUCUGAAGCGAAGGCGCCAAAUUCAAAAUUGCCAACAUGUCAAGCAGCGGAGUGGAAACUCCAGUCCGGAGCCCGCUGCUCUCCUCCAGUUUCUGUUUCAGUCCGCGGCCAUGCGUUUGUGCAAAGGGCUGGUCGACGGCCAUGUGGAGUGGUCUCUCCGAACCUCUCCUGGCGUCUGCUGGAUGCUCGGCCCCAGAGCCUUGGCUCCUCCCGGGUUGCAGCUUUGUUUAUGACAGCCUGGUCAGUAACGUCUCUCCGAUCCCGACGUCUCCUGCGACAAUAGACCUGCGAGGGGAGAGAGUUAACAACAAACAACGCAGGCCAUCCAUCUUGGAGCGUUGCAUCCUCAAAGCGUCUACAAGCAAUAUCGCUGUAGGAACCGAUGAUCUGGAGAAAAGCAGAUCACCUCUGAGUCGCUGCUACCCUCGGAUCCCAGACCUGAGCAACACUGAGACCAACACGGCGGUUCUUAAGCGCCGACAGAAACAGAUCCUCUACGGCAAGACCACCAGCGGCUACCAAAACUACCUGCAGCAAGUGCCCAAACACUUGAGAGACCCCAAGCUCCACCCUUCCACCCCCAACAAGUACAAGAAGUACAGCAGGCGCUCCUGGGAUAUGCAAGUACGUCUUUGGAGAAGAGCGUUGCACCAGUGGGAUCCGCCCAGCCACACCCCGCCGGAGACCAUCGAUGCUCUUGACCCAGUGGAGCAACUGCAAAACCAGCUGGCAAGGAUGACCUCAGACUUGUGUGACGAUGGAGAGAACGAGAGAGAGGAGACCUUGGUGGCCUCCAAGGCUUCCUCUGUGUCCCCCUUGUCAGGCGAAAUGUCGUCGGGCAGCUGGAAUGUUCCACUAUCACCGGAGUCUGAGAGGAGCUGCCGACCUCCUCGCUCUCCCCCUGGCCUCAGCUGCUCCUUCAGGAUCCAGCUGACCAAUGACAAUGUGACUGACUGGCUCCGCCUCCAGCUGGAGGCUGACCAAGAUGGAGAUUUCGAUGUUGAUGACCAGCAGGUCCCUGUCGUUUUGGACCAGUUCUUAUGGAAUCCCUACUAAUUGUCCAUGGCUGUAACUAGUCUACUGGUGUCAUCAUGCAAUCAAGAUGCUGGAUAUAUCGUCUGUACUUUAAUCAUGUGUAUGUGUGUUUCAGUCUAUUGUAUUUUUAAGAACACUGAGGAUUUAAAAAUGAGAUUGGUGGGAGGGAUGUGAUUUUGGUCCUUGGCGGAGAUAGAUUUCCCAGCUGCUCUCACAGACAUCCCGGUGUUAACAGGCUGAGGUCGAGUUGACUCACUGACCCGAGCAUGUUUAUUUGCACUCCUAUGUUCACUGCACUUUUUUUUUUUUACCUGUGCCGUUAUCGUUCUUCUAACGUAUGCACUUAAGCUGCUAAUUUAGUAUUACACACUUUUGUUUUUCUGUCACUUUCUGGCCUCUUUAGAGGCUGCUCUUUUUUUCCCCUUUUUCUCGCCACGUUCACCUUUUGUGCUCUGAUCAGGCUUCUUCCAACCAUCUUUCCUUUUUAUUUGUUUCAUGUGUGCUGCUUUGAAUAUUGAAGGCAAAGCAGAACAAUGUGAGUGGAGUUAAUAAAGAUGUAAAUAAAGUGUUAAA